CGCCGUAAUGCUAUAUGUAACUGUCGCCGAUAUCAACAGUCUGAAUUACACAAGCAGCAGUAAAGGCCAAAAAAAGAAAAAUGAAGUUCACCGCUACUAGUGCUACCAUACGCUUACUCGGAGGAGCUCUCUCUCUACUCCACAUCCUCCUCUUCCUCCUCAUGGCGACUCGCAUCUCUCUCUCUCGCGCCAUUCAAUUCCCUCUCCUCCAACCCAUCUGCUUUCGCCGCUCUCCUCUUCGCCUUUACCCCAAACAUCUCCACAAAUGCCCUCCCUGUCCCCUCUGGUCCUCCUCCUCCUUCUCCCGCUGCCUUCGUCUCCGCCGCAACUCUCCUCCUCCUCCUCCUUCCGCCGCCAUCCGCUCCUUCUCCUCCGCCGCCCUAUCCGAUUCUACCAGGACGUUUCCAACCGCCGACGACAAUCCUCUCUUGAAGGACUUCGUUUUCCCGCCCUUCGAUUCCAUCGAGCCCAACCACGUUCGCCCGGGGAUUCGUGCCUUGCUCAAGAAACUCGGGAGUGAACUGGUUGAAUUGGAGAAGACGGUGGAGCCGUCGUGGCCGAAGCUGGUUGAGCCUUUGGAGAAGAUUAUGGAUCGGUUGGUGGUGGUUUGGGGGGCUGUUAAUCAUCUUAAGUCCGUUAAAGAUAAUCCUCAACUCCGUUCCGCCAUUGAAGAAGUUCAGCCAGAGAGAGUUGAGUUUGGGCUUAAGUUGGGGCAGAGUAAACCACUUUAUAAUGCAUUUAAAGCUAUCCGUGAAUCUUCUGAUUGGGAAGCACUCAGUGAUGCUCGUAAACGUAUAAUUGAAUCUUCAAUAAAGGAGGCAAUUCUUAGUGGUGUCUCUCUUGAAGAUGAUAAAAGAAACCAAUUUAACAAAAUUCAACAGGAGUUGGCAAGACUAUCUCAAAAAUUUGGGGAGAAUGUUUUGGAUGCCACAAAGAAGUUUGAAAAAUUAAUAAUAGACAAGAAUGAGAUUGAAGGAUUGCCAGCCACUGCUCUAGGAUUAGCUGCACAAACAGCUGUAUCAAAGGGCCAUGAAAACGCUACAGCUGAAAAUGGGCCAUGGAUGAUUACUUUGGAUGCUCCAAGUUUCUUGUCUGUGAUGCAACAUGCUCGAAACCGAGCUUUGCGCGAGGAAGUCUAUUGUGCUUAUUUAACCCGUGCUUCUAGUGGAGAUCUAGACAAUACUGGAAUUAUUGACCAAAUUUUGAAGCUUAGGUUGGAAAAGGCUAAGCUUCUUGGCUACAGUAAUUAUGCUGAGGUAAGCAUGGCUACCAAAAUGGCUACUGUUGAUAAAGCAGAAGAGCUCCUAGAAAAGCUUCGAAGUGCUUCUUGGAAUGCUGCUGUCCAAGAUAUGGAAGACCUCAAACAGUUCUGCCGAACUCAAGGUGCCCCCGAAGCUAAUGAUUUGAGCCAUUGGGACAUCAGCUUCUGGAGUGAGAGGCUUCGUGAGUCAAAAUAUGAAAUAAAUGAGGAAGAAUUACGCCCGUAUUUCUCAUUGCCUAAAGUUAUGGAUGGCCUUUUCAACUUGGCAAAGAUGCUCUUUGGGAUUGAUAUUGAACCAGCCGAUGGUUUAGCUCCGGUUUGGGACAAGGCUGUGAGAUUCUACUGUAUCAAAGAUUUUUCAGGCAAUGCAAUUGCGUACUUCUAUUUUGAUCCAUAUUCUCGUCCAUCUGAAAAACGGGGAGGUGCAUGGAUGGAUGAAGUUGUUGCUCGAAGUCGUGUAUUUUCACGAGAUGGUAGCUCACCUAGGUUGCCUGUUACUCACAUGGUGUGCAAUCAAAUGCCACCAGUGGGGGACAAACCAAGCCUUAUGACAUUCCGUGAGGUUGAGACAGUCUUCCAUGAGUUUGGUCAUGCACUUCAGCAUAUGCUGACGAAACAGGAUGAGGGUCUAGUGGCUGGUAUCCGAGGCAUAGAGUGGGAUGCUGUUGAAUUACCUUCUCAAUUUAUGGAAAAUUGGUGUUAUCAUAGGGAUACUUUGAUGGGCAUAGCGAAGCACUACGAAACUGGAGAGAGUCUCCCUGAAGACAUAUAUAAGAAGCUCCUUGCAGCCCGAACUUACCGUGCAGGCUCCAUAAGUCUUCGUCAGUUGAGAUUUUCAUGUCUUGAUCUGGAGCUGCAUACCAAGUAUGUUCCUGGCGGAUCAGAAUCAAUCUUUGAUGUUGAUCAGAGGGUUAGUAAAAGAACAGAAGUGAUUCCUCCAUUGCCAGAGGACAGAUUUCUUUGCGGUUUUACCCAUAUAUUUGCAGGUGGAUAUGCUGCUGGAUACUACAGUUACAAGUGGGCAGAGGUGUUGUCUGCAGAUGCUUUCUCAGCAUUUGAGGAUGCUGGAUUAAAUGAUGAGAAGGCUGUCAAGGAAACAGGGCACAGGUUCCGAGAUACUGUACUUGCUCUCGGAGGUGGAAAAGCACCAUUAGAGGUUUUUGUGGAAUUCCGAGGGCGUGAACCUUCUCCGGAAGCACUGCUCAGACACAAUGGGCUAUUGGAAGUCUCAGCCUCUGUUUAAAAUGUCAAUGACGAAUUCACCAUGAAGCUCUGAAAACCUUCCCUAAUAUUUGUUUCAUAGUUCACUUUUUUCUAUUUUUUGAUAUAGUGGAGGCCGAAGCCUACGGGAGGGGGGAGUUUAGAGAGUCAUAACUUGAACACCUAACCUCCUAACGACAGGCAAAGGUUAUGGCCAAGUAGGCUAGCCCCAGUUGGUAUUUUUACUUCAUAGUUCAUUACAGAUAGGCUAAAUUGGAUAUCCAACUGCCUCCAUCCAUUGUAGAGGAUGUUUUGGCAACUAGUGCACAAAAACUAGCUUUCUUGCUAGCAAUUAAUUUCAGCAUUGAUGAGUUACUCUCUACUAGUUUUUAAAAGCUGGUGGUGAACAAAGAAAUAGUAAAGAUGGAUACCAAAAGAAUAAGCAAACUAUAAAAUGACGACCCUUUUGUUAA